AUGCACCUGGGCAGCAUUGAGGUGGAUCUGGAGCCUAUAUUCGAUAUGCAGGGCAGCUUGUGGAGAGUAGGAGGUGUUGGAUGGCUGGGUUCAUUUCCGGAUAAUUCUCUGCUGUCAGAGGACGUCAAUAUGGCAGUACCAGAGGCCUCUUGGGAAGGAGCAGUUUUCAGUGUGCUGUCCGCUGAUGACUCUAAAACGCCAGAAGCGCGCGCAAUUACAGAUAUGUCCAAGCAAACCACAUGGAAUGACGCGCUCCAGGUCCGAGAUGCUGGUCGUCAUAUAGUGCGCAAAAAUGCGCCGCGCUUUAUGAUGGAGAUGUACGAGGAACAUCUCAGAAACCCUUCGAUUUUGCAGGGGAAUAUCGUGAGGAGCUUUGCAGCCCAAUCUAAUGGCGCGCUGCUCCUUUUUAACCUGACAUCAUUUGGCUACCAAGAGAUCAUCACAAAAGCAGAGAUUCGGUGGUUUCGGCGCGCGCGCGCGGUUUUAUCCGGACAUCACUUUUACAGAGUGGAUUUGUAUGAAGUGUUGAACAGCAAAGUGGAACCCUGGCGAGGAAACCUGAUCUUGUCACGUUUACUGUCUGUCUACACUGAAGGAUGGGAAGUGUUUAACAUCACACAGACGGUCACCAACUGGAUUCUCAACAGCAUCACAAAUAAUGGCAUCCUGGUUGUUUCAACUUUAACGUCGGGACACUGGUUGAAGAUGUAUGUACAAAGUGCGAGAGAAACAGGGUAUGAGGAAAAUACCCAAAAUGCCUAUUUGGUUGUCUUCUCAAACGAUGGUCGAAGCAGAAGCUCUGGUAAAGAGUUCCUCAAGUACAACAGCUCCCUCCAGUCUGUUUUUCCACAUCGUAGAAGUAUACAUAAAAGGGCAGCUAAAAAUGAGCAAUUGCCAAUUGGCAAUUGCCAAAGAACACCUCUAUAUGUGGACUUUGUAAAAAUUGGUUGGUCUGGAUGGAUAAUAUCUCCAAGUGGCUACAAUGCAUAUCACUGCAGUGGGUCCUGUCCAUUUCCACUCAGUGGAAGCUUACGUCCAACUAACCAUGCCAUUGUGCAAUCCAUAGUAAACACAUUAAGACUGUCCAGCAAAGUGGGAAGGCCAUGCUGCGUACCAGACAACCUUCAACCAAUAAGUCUCUUGUAUUUUGACGAUGAGGAAAAUGUUGUUCUCAAACAAUAUGAUGAAAUGGUGGCAGGAAGCUGUGGCUGCCACUGA